AUGCAGCGAGUGACCUCCAUACUGCCGUCUUGGGACAAGACGAAGUCUGGCAGCAAGAAGGGUUUCGAUAAGGCAUGGGCCUGGGCAGACAAACUUGGUGCACCGGUAAAUCGACUGAGCAACAAGAUUGGGAGUGAAGCAUUCUGGCCGACGACUCUGGACAAAGAAUGCGACAAAGCGGCUAGAAUUCUCAAGUCAUUCUGCAAGGAUGGUUUCUACGCCGAAGAUGACCGACCAGCAAGCGUCGAUGUGCCGAAAGGCAAACAACGAGUGCUCAAGAAGAUCCCAGAGAAGGUCAUACAGAAUGCUGUCGGUCUGGCCAUCUUCACUACAAUGCGAACGGGAUUGUGGAUUUCCGGUGCUGGUGGCUCAGGCAUCUUGAUUGCUCGAAAAGAGGACGGAGAAUGGAGUCCACCUUCAGGCAUAUUAUUACACACAGCGGGCUUGGGAUUUCUAGUUGGAGUUGAUAUCUACGAUUGCGUAGUCGUAAUCAAUAAUCGCAAGGCGCUCGAUGCUUUCACUAAGAUUCGAGCGACUCUUGGGGGCGAGAUCAGUGCAGUUGCAGGACCAGUUGGUGUUGGGGGCGUGUUGGAGAAUGAUGGAAAAUGGAAGCAAGCAAAUCGUCCGGUCUUCACCUAUCUAAAAUCUCGAGGAUUCUACGCUGGUGUGCAAGUCGACGGCACAGUCAUAAUCGAACGAUCAGACGAGAACGAACGAUUCUACGGGCAGAAGAUAGGUGUAGCGGAUAUUUUGGCUGGAAAGGCUAGACAUCCACCAUACGAGAUCAAGAUGCUUAUGGAGACGGUCAAAGCUGCAGAAGGACGAAAUGAUGUUGACAAGGCCAUGAUGUCGCAAUUGGCAGAUGAGCUUUCACCUGCAGAUGUGGAGCUCCAAUCACCGACAACUGUUCCAGGACCAUCGUUUGGUAUUCCAGAGCCAGACGAUCCAGAUCCAUUUGGUGUACUGGCGCUGGAGAAGGAAGGUUUGGAAAUUCGAGAAGCUGGUACUAAGAUCAGGCCAGCAAGUACGCAAUUCGAAUACAAUCCUGCUCCCACGAGUCCCAUCUACAGCAAGUUCCACAGAAGAAGCAUGGACACUUUAGCAACGAGAAGCAACAGAGAGAGUUACAUGUCAACCAGAAGCACGUUGAGGACAAGCAUUGAUAGGGCAACUCAAACGACAGAGAUGGGUACUCAGACCGAUGACACACUUCUCACGCCAAACACAAGCCCCAGCCACAGUGACGAGAACAAGCGAAUAGUUGAAGAGGAUGAGAAACCAAUUAUCGUUGAGCCCGAAGAGAUCGAUUAUACCAAAAUCGACCUUGGUCCAUAUAGCAGCAUGAACCGCAGUCAAGAAUUUGAUGGCACAACUGUCAAUAAUGACAGCCCCGCCGAGCAUGAUGAGCAUCAUGCUGUUUCUGCGGAUACAAGCUUCCACUCAGAUGACGAAGAGGAUGACGAGGAAGAGCCUAUCAUCUUUGAGGCUGCUUCUGCACAAGCAACUAUGAUCCCACAGGCACGAGGAGUAGGUUUGGUGAACAUCCCAAAGAGACCACCACCUCCACCUCUGCCACCACGCAACAUGGCCAGAGCUGUAAUGGUUGAUCAGGCCAGUGGACGAACACCAACUACGCCAUCCAAGUCAAGCUUUGAGGAGGUCGAAUUACAUGGAACCGACAGAACCAGCAAAGAGAUCGAAUCCCCCAAGCGCAAGUCACUCGAGGAGCAAGUUGCAGCAUUGAAGGAGGUGCACAUUGAGGAGGCUACUCCUGCACAUGAUGUUGAGCCAGCAUUAACGCAGGAGGUUGAGGGCUUCGCAUCCCUGAAGCCAAAGGAAGAGGACGAGACCGACGAUUUCCACAGCGUUCCCACAACACCAAACGAACGAGCAAUCGAAGUCAAGUAAUGAAAGAACAUAUUCACGAACACCACAUACAAAAGAUACCAUAAGGGAGGCUACAUACAGAGAACGUCCGGCGCAGGAAAGGGACUGAUUGAUGGGAUGGAGAGUGCAAUUUGCACACUUGAAUGAUGAAGACAUGACCACUACUUCGGAGGACAAGGGGAUAUAUUAUCACGACGCAUAAAUUUUAAA